AUGACGGCGGUUGCUAGAAGCGAGGAGAACAAGGAAGGGAUGAGGAGGUUUCAGCGCGACGAAACGCAUUCAAUAUUUGUGGCGGCGGUUGCUUCUGGUGCAGGUCGGUGUGACUCAUUACUACUCGAUCGAGAAAGCCAAGGAGGAACUAGGGUCGAUGUUGGAUUUGCGGAUAGCUCCAUGAUUGUGGUGACAGUACACGUGAGUGAAGCGGUCUAUCAUCUAUGCGUUGUGGUUAGCUAG